CUAUGUAGAUGUUCUUUCCUCCUUUUGUGCAACACCCCUUCCCUCCUACAGACCACCCAAAGCCCUAUAAAUAAUCCAAGGAUUGUAUUUUUUUUCCAGAUCUCUCCUCAGACCACAAAGGAAAAGUAUCAGGCAAAAGAAAGGAGAGAAGGGAAAGUGAGGAGGAGAGGGUGAGAGAAAGGGGGAAAGGAAAGAUGGCUAGUGAAUUCAAAAAGAAAAUGUUCUGGAGGGCUGUGGUGGCUGAGUUCCUUGCCAUGAGCCUUUUUAUUUUUAUCAGUAUUGGCUCAGCUCUGGGUUUUAGCUUCCCAGUGGUGGGCAACAAAACAUCAACAAGGUCUCAGGAUAACGUAAAGGUUUCUCUGGCUUUUGGGCUAUCCAUUGCAACUAUGGCACAGAGCGUGGGCCACAUCAGCGGUGCUCACCUGAACCCUGCUGUCACUCUGGGCCUCCUGCUCAGCUGCCAGAUCAGCAUCUUCAAGGCACUCAUGUACAUCAUUGCCCAGUGCCUGGGAGCAGUGGUGGCCACAGCUAUUCUGUCAGGAGUCACCUCCUCUCUCCCAAACAACCUCCUGGGGCUAAAUGCGCUUUCAGAGGGAAUCAAUGCAGGCCAAGGACUAGGUAUCGAAAUUAUUGCUACCUUCCAGCUGGUGUUGUGUGUCCUUGCCACCACAGACCGGAGAAGAAAUGAUGUCUCGGGAUCAGCACCUUUGGCCAUUGGUCUCUCUGUUGCUUUGGGACAUCUUCUUGCUAUUGAUUACACCGGUUGUGGAAUUAACCCAGCCAGAUCUUUUGGUUCAGCACUGAUUGCCAACAACUUUGAAAACCACUGGAUCUUCUGGGUUGGCCCAGUCAUUGGAGGAGCCAGUGCUGCCCUGAUCUACGACUUCAUCCUGGCUCCCAGAAGCAGUGACCUGACUGACCGUGUAAAGGUGUGGACCAGUGGCCAAGUAGAAGAGUAUGAUCUGGAAGGCGAUGAUAUGAACUCCCGGGUUGAAAUGAAGCCAAAAUAAAGAAGGAUAAGAUAUAAAAACCCCCAACCAACCAAGCAAUCAACAGUACAUUGAUUUCUGAAGAUUUUAUCAGUGUUUUAUCAGUCUUUGUAAACCAGUCAGCAGUACUCUGGGGUUUUUAAUUCAAUAUGGUUUUCCAUUUUUUAUCCCCAAUCUUAAUAGAAUUUUUAUACCUGAGUUUUUUCAACUACAGAGUCUUCAGCCCAAGAAGUCAUUAGUCAUUUUUUGUAUAAGCUACAUAAACUGAGCUGAAGUUUAACUCACCCCUCACCACCAUCACAUUUUCUGGUGGGUUUAGUGGGAGUCAUUCUCCCAGCACAUCAGUAGUAAUAAGGAGUUCAAAUGACCACUCUCCUGAAAGAACAGAUCCUGAAGGCAAAAGACCAUAUAUACCAAUAAAUAGGCCCUUUUAUUCUGGAAAAAAAUUAUUUAUACAAAUAUGCAAAGCUGGUAUUUAAUGCCAGUAGUGCAUGUGAAAAACUUAAAAAAUCUCAAAUAACUGCCCAGAAGCAUCUUUUGGAAGGAAAGGCCAGUAAAAUUACUUGUUAUGUAGAGUUAACCUUAGUUUUCUAAAUGAUUUAUAAUCUCUGAGGAAGAGGGACAGAAAAGUUAAGCAGGGCAAGAAUCUCCAGAGUCUCAGGAUCCAUUUAGAUUCCCUAGUGUUUCAUUUUCCCCAAAUCUGCAUCCAGGUCAUUGUGAGAAGAGAAUAUAUAACAAAAAAUUUAUAGAUAUAGUAAUUCCUGGGAAAUGAUAACUAGAAGUCAAAUUGGAGAGCAGUAAUAACAGUAGCAACAAGAAUAACAUGGUGUCAAUAAACAGGACAUGAUUAUUCCUGUCACUAUUCUGCUUUUGUUCAUCUUACAUAAUUUAACGGUAUGCUUUACAGCAAAUCAGGAGAGAAAAAAAAAAAAGAGGACCCUUUUUUUCCUGACACCAUUCUAACAGCCAAUGCUAUGGCAUUCAGGGACAAUGAAUAGAUAUACACACAGCAUAUUUUGUAAUAAGGAAUAAAUACAUUCAUACCUGUGUGUAAGUCCAUUUUGGGGUUUGUUGCUUUGGUUUUAUAUAUAUAUAUAUAUAUAUAUAUAUAUUUGUUUAUAUAUCUGUUUUAUACAGGAAGCCUAGUAUACUGUUUUGUAAGAAAAUAAAAUCAUUAAGUGGAAAGAAUUGCAGCAGUGCUUAGCAAAAUAAAUGACACUGGAAAUGUAAAGAAAAUUAAUACUCUAAAUGAUGUGGAAGACUGUUUUCUGGUUUUGUUUUUGUGUGUGUGCUACUUAAGAUUUCAUGAGAAACUCAUUAGCUUGUCUUACCUACUAACUAUAGGAUAUAGUUAAAGCAGAUACAUGAUGAUACACCUGUUCUACACUAUUAGUUUUGCACAAAACAUGAGGCCCAGAGAAACCUACAUAAAAAGCUGCACACUUUACCGUUCAGACAAACGCCCCAGAGGUAAUAUGAUGGAUGUCUCCUGUUAGAGAGACAAUGUGGACAUGGGAUUUGAGGGAGGGCUGACAUAGGAAUCAGUAUCUUUCUUAUCUACAUUUGAUGUGCUAUCCUGUGUAUUGUCUAUGUACAUACAUCAUGACCGAAUUUUGGGGUGGUUUAAAAAUAAACAAAAUCCGUUGUGCUACCA